UCCCUUCGGUUGAAACUUUGCCAAACAUGGGAUAAGGUUGCUUAACCAAAUAGAUAAUGGUCACAACCAAAACUCAACUCCCCUUACUCUUAUGGCUGACACCUACUGCCCCGAUUGUAAGCGUCCCACGGAGGUCGUCUUCGACCACUCCGCCGGCGACACCGUCUGCUCUGAGUGCGGCCUCGUCUUGGAGGCUCAUUCCAUCGACGAGACCUCUGAGUGGCGAACCUUUGCAAACGAGUCUACUGAUAAUGACCCUGUUCGUGUUGGUGGUCCCUCUAAUCCUCUUCUCGCUGACGGUGGCCUUUCAACCGUCAUUUCUAAACCCACUGGAACUUCUGGGGAUUUCUUGACCACUUCUUUGGGUCGCUGGCAGAACCGUGGCUCCAACCCUGAUCGUUCUCUAAUCCAAGCGUUUAAGACUAUUGCCACCAUGUCUGACAGGUUGGGCCUGGUUGCAACCAUUAAGGAUAGAGCUAAUGAAAUUUAUAAGAAAGUAGAAGAUCAAAAACCUCUCAGAGGACGAAAUCAGGAUGCAAUUUUGGCUGCUUGCCUUUACAUAGCUUGUAGACAAGAAGACAAACCCCGCACUGUAAAAGAAAUAUGUUCAGUUGCUAAUGGAGCCACAAAGAAAGAGAUUGGCCGUGCAAAGGAGUAUAUUGUGAAGCAACUGGAGGUAGAGCUGGGUCAGUCUAUGGAAAUGGGGACAAUACAUGCUGGGGACUUCCUGGUUAGUUCAAUUCUGGCAUUUUGGAAUCUCUCCUGUUCUAUUAUUUUUAGUUAUCUUGACAGCAAUAAACAUCGGUUAGUUCAAUUCUGGCAUUUCCAGAGACGUUUUUGUUCUCAUCUUGGGAUGAAUAAUCAAGCAGUUAAAGCAGCUCAGGAAGCUGUACAGAAAUCUGAAGAGCUCGAUAUAAGGCGAAGCCCCAUAUCAAUAGCAGCAGCAAUCAUUUACAUGAUAACUCAGCUGUCUGAGGAUAAGAAACUUCUCAAAGAUAUAUCACUGGCUACAGGAGUAGCAGAAGGGACCAUUAGGAAUUCUUAUAAAGACCUGUAUCCCUAUGCUUCAAGGAUUAUACCAAGCUGGUAUGCAAAGGAGGAUGAUCUCAGGAGCCUAUGCAGCCCUUGAAGAUUCAAGAACAUCUGUAGUGUAGGGUAGGCUGCAGUGCAGCAUUUCUUUUUGAGUUAGAUGCUGCUUGCUUCUGUUCAUUAAUUUCUACUGCUUGACAAGCUCUAACUUGGCAGUGUAAUUAUUUGCAAUCUGUGACUGAUAAAAACUUGUUCAGAGUAACAUUCUCCAUUUUUUUUU